AUGGUUUUAGUUGUCUUUUUAUAUCAGAAUUUGCAACAGCUUGGCUUUUCACAGAGGAGAUUUUUUAUCAAAUGUUACCAAGCAAAUGGCUCCUGUCGUUUAUAUGCAAUGCAGACAGGGAUGAAGAUUGAUAGUAAAACCCCAGAAUGCCGUAAAUUUUUAUCCAAACUUAUGGAUCAGUUGGAAGCUAUGAAAAAGCAAUUUGGUGAUAAUGAAGCAAUUACUCAGGAAAUUGUUGGUUCUGCUCAUGUGGAGAAUUACGCUUUGAAAAUGUUUUUGUAUGCAGACAAUGAAGACAGAGCUGGGCAAUUUCAUAAAAACAUGAUAAAGUCCUUUUAUACUGCAAGUCUCCUGAUAGACGUUCUAACAGUAUUUGGGGAGCUCUCUGAAGAGAAUGCCCAGCACCGGAAGUAUGCCAGGUGGAAGGCAGCGUACAUUCAUAACUGCUUGAAGAACGGAGAGACUCCGCAGCCUGGGCCCAUUGGAAUGGAAGGAGAGAGCUUCGAUGUUGAAAGGGAAGAAGCAGGGUCAUCUUCUCUCCAUAGUGGAACAAGUCAGCCAACAUCAUCAUCUACGUAUGAAGCUAACAACAUACCAACUAGUAAUUACACUGGCAUACACAUACCACCAGGUGCCCAUGCACCAGCCAACACUCCAGCUGAAGUACCUCAUAACACAGGAAUGACAAGUAACACCAUUCAGCCCGCUCCUCAGAAUAUUCCUUUGGUCGAUCCUUCCCUUUACAGUGCUCAGUCUGCAGGGGAAGUCCGUUUGACUCCAGAGGACUUUGCCAGAGCUCAAAAAUAUUGCAAAUAUGCUGGCAGUGCUUUGCAAUAUGAAGAUGUGAGCACUGCUGUGCAGAAUCUACAGAAGGCCCUCAAGUUACUGAUUACGGGCAGAGAAUGAAGCCUUUAUCCAACAGAUUCAUGUCUUUUGCCUAAAGAACUAACCAGCAGCUUAUUACUGUACCUGUUAGGGGAGUGGAGUUACACAGAAGUUCUCAAUCCCAUCACCCAUGACAAUGAAAUCACUGUUUCAGUGUCAGAUUAGGAAUUAAUGGUACAGUAGGAAUCUCUGUUUUUAUUUUACAAACAGUGGAGCUAGAAACAUAUGAAUGCAUUGGCUUGAUGUAAGCAAAAUACUGAAGAAAGUACUGUGAACACUGCUCAAGAGUUAGAAUUCAUCUUGCAAUAUUUAGGUUAUCAGAAUGGGAAAAUACUGAAUCUGUAAACAACUUGAGCGUAAGAAUUAUUCUGUUAAGAUUCUUACUCUGAUUUUAUUAUUUCAAACAAUUAUUUAAUAAGUAUAAUAGCUUUAAAAUAGCAACUAAGAUUAGUGCUUU